CGUAAAUAAAAUUACCUAAAUAAUCCUGCCGUCAUGCUUAUAAUGUCUUUGUCGUUUGGGGGUAUUUCCGUCUUUUAAGUCGCGUCGAACGGCAAACAGAAACCCACCGCCUCAUUCUUUCCCGCCCGAGCGAUGAAGAUCUCGGAGCUCUCGCCGGACCUCCGCCCCUCUCCCGGCGACCCCCAGCCCACCCUCCGCCUCCUCCUGGACGACAUCGAGUCCUCCGUCAAGGAAAUCGAAUCCCUCGACCCCGAUGACCGCUCCUUCUCCCCGUCGAGCCUCGCCGGCCGCCUCCGCCGCUCCAUCUCCCGCCUGAGCCUCCCCGCCUCGGCUCCCCUCCCAGAGCCCGCCAAGCUCCACCUAUGGAAGCUGAGCUACCGCCUCUGGAACGCCUGCAUCGACCUCUCCAACGCCGCCGAGCUCCUCCCCGCCGACGUCCCCCAUCGGAAGGCCGAACUAGCCGAGCUCCGCCAUGUCGCCGCCGACAUCCUCUUCGUCGCUGGGGUCCCCAUGGGAAUCCCGUCCGCGGGCUUCAAAUCCGCCUCCUUCUUCCACAAGACCGGUCUCCUCUGGCACGAGCUCGGCCGGUUUGAUCUCGCCGCCGGGUGCUUCGAGCGCGCCACCGAGCUGGCCUCCACGGCCCAGGUCGACGGUACCCCGCAGAUCGGCGGCGAGGAGGAGAGGAGACUCCUCCUCGACCUCAACCUCGCCAGAGCACGUACGGCGUGGGAGGUCGCCGAUCGGAAUCUCGCGAUCGCUCUCUUGAAUCGGUCCAAGAAUCUAAUCUUCGGAUCACCAUUAGGGUUUCGAGACCUGGCGGAGCAGUACCUUCAGUUCGGGAAGCUCGAUCUCUCCAAGAAAUCCUCGGAGGGGGGAUCGGACGCGUCGAAGCUUCUGACCGAGGCGUUGGAUCUGUGCGAGAAGGGGAUCGCCUCCGCACGAAGCCGCGGCGGCGGUGGAGGCGAUAACCUAGGAUUGGAGGGCUUGAAGGGACGGUGUCUCCGGUUUCUGGCUGCAGAGCGGCUGCAGGCGGAGGACUACGAGGGGGUGCUGAAGUGCGUCAAGGCUUUGAGGGCCGGUGUGGCGGUAACGCCAGGCACGGAACACCCGAGCGUAGGGUACGUGGCGAUGAAGGCGUGGCUGGGGGCGGGGAGGUUGCGGGAGGCGGAGAUGGAGCUGAUGGGAAUGAUGGCGAACAAGGAGGUUCCAGAGGCCGCGUGCGUCUCGGCUGCGGAGGCAUACCUGUCGGCGGCAGGACCAGAUGCGGCAAGAGCGGUGCUCCUGGGCCUGGCGGGGCGGUGCCAUUCCAGCGCCGCGGCGACGCUAAGGGUGGUGCGAAGGGUGGCCGACGGUGGUGGCGGAGGGAGGGCGAGGGUGGUGGCGGAGCUCACAGCAGAUGAGAGGGUGGUGGAGCUCUUCCAGGGUUCUGCAGCAGCAAAGGAACGGAGCGCAAUGCACGCGCUCCUCUGGAACUGCGGAGCUGAGCAUUUUAGAUCCAAGGAUUACGAAUUAAGCUCCGAGAUGUUCGAAAAAUCGAUGCUUUACGUACCUCGUGACGAGGAGCACCGAUCUCGUCGAUCAAACUGCUUCAGAGUACUUUCUCUCUGUCAUCUCGCCCUUGCACAGCUUGAUCGAGCCCAAGAGUUCAUCGAACAAGCCGAAAAGCUUGAACCUAACAUCAAGUGUGCUUUUCUGAAGUUCAAGAUCCAUCUCCAGAAUAAGGAUGAGAAGGAAGCAAUCAAUCAGAUGCGAGCCAUGCUGGAUUGCAUCGACUUCAACCCGGAAUUCCUCACCCUCUGCACCCACGAGGCCAUCUCUUGCCAGAUCCUCCCUGUUGCCAUUGCUUCAUUGUCUGUCCUCCUCAACCUCUACUCCCCUGGCAAGAAACUGCCGAUGCCUGAAGUUGCAGUGCUUCGAAAUCUUAUCAGCCUGCUCCAUCGAAUCCCAAACAGCGAGCCGGAGAUCCUCAAAUACACCAAGUACGCUCGGGCCAGAAUGGUCGACCUUGGAGUGGAGUGUUUCUUUGGCAAGGGCGCCGUUGGUCGGCGUGAGCUGAAUUGGUUUGCAGGGAUUUCCUGGAACAUGGGGCAAAAGUCCGGAAAGGAGAAGAAUUAUGAAUCCUGUGCCAAGUUCUUCGAGUUGGCGUCGGAGUUCUACAGCGCACUUGGUGAUGAGGAUGGUGGAAACCAAGCCAUAUCUUGCAAGUCCUUAAUCAUCAGUGUAGGUGCCAUGCUCAACGCCGAGGAGCACAAGAAGGCUCCUAUGCCUGAUAGUGAUGUGAAGAAGGCCAUGGAAAUGCUUAAGAGAGCUGGAAAGAUAUUACCCCUGAUCUCAUCAGCCUCAGCUCAAGAGUCCAGAGAUCAUCAAGCAGAGAACUCGGACCUCUUCUUCCUCCACACUUACAGCACAUAUCAACUCACCGACAGACUCGACGAUGCCCGGCCGCAGCAGCUAGAACUGGUGAAGAGCUUCGCUGCUUCUAAAGCGUGCACCGCGCAUCACCUUCUCCAGCUAGGCCUUGCCGCCUGUCGGGGCGAGCAGCACAACCCAGAAGUCGCUGAAUUCGCGCUCAACGCUUCCCUCUCCGUCCUCCUUGCAUCGCCUUCUCCAGAUUACAAUCUGGUCAGCAUCGUCAUCCGGAGGCUGGCCUGCCUUGCUGCAUCCAGAGGCAACGACGGCGGCAACAAUGACGCAGCCUAUGACGUCUACAGGCAAGCCUAUCAGAUAGUUCUCGGGCUCAAGGAAGGCGAGUAUCCCGUCGAAGAGGGGAAGUGGCUCGCAAUGACGGCAUGGAACAAGUCAGGGCUCGCCGUCCGCCUGCGACAGGUCGCCACCGCAAGGAAAUGGAUGAAAAUGGGGUUGGACCUGGCGCGGCACUUGAAGGGCAUGGACAAGUACGUCGGUGGCAUGGAAGAGUGCGUUGCUAACCUUGAGAAGCUCUGUAAUCGAAGUGGUGAGGAGGGAGUUGGGAAUAGCAGAUCUUGACCUGCCUUGGUGGAUGAAGAGCAAAACUAUUCAGUUUAAAGGCAGAUUUUAAUUUGGAACUGUUCUACACAUCCAUUCUUCCGUUGUCUGAACGAUCAUUAUAUCAUAUAAUGCAACACAAA